CCCGGCAGUGUGGCGAGGCGGGCGGGCAGGCAGCGCCGUGCCGCUCCGCUCCCGGCCCCGCCGCCAUGCCGCCGCCCGGCCCCCGCCGCCCCGCAGCCCUCCUCAUCCUCCUCAUCCUCCUGCUGCUGCUGCUGCUCCGCCGGGCGCUGGCCGCCGCAGGGCUGGAGUACAGCGACGUGCUGCCCGACUCCUUCCCCUCGGCCCCGGCAGAGACCCUCCCUCACUUUCUGCUGGAGCCGCAGGACGCCUACAUCGUGAAGAACAAGCCGGUGGAGCUCGUUUGCCGCGCCAACCCCGCCACCCAGAUCUACUUCAAGUGCAACGGGGAGUGGGUCAACCAGAACGACCACGUCACUAAGGAGAGCCUGGACGAGGUCACCGGGAUGCUGGUGCGGGAGGUGCAGAUCGAGGUCUCCCGGCAGCAGGUGGAGGAGCUCUUCGGCUUAGAAGAUUACUGGUGCCAGUGCGUGGCCUGGAGCUCCGCGGGCACCACGAAGAGCCGCAGGGCGUACGUCCGCAUAGCGUACCUGCGGAAGAACUUUGACCAGGAGCCGCUGGGUAAGGAGGUCCCGCUGGAGCAUGAGGUCCUGCUGCAGUGCCGCCCACCCGAGGGGGUGCCGCAGGCCGAGGUGGAGUGGCUGAGGAACGAGGAUGUCAUCGACCCCACCCAGGACACCAACUUCCUGAUCACCAUCGAUCACAACCUCAUCAUCAAGCAGGCCAGGCUCUUGGACACUGCUAAUUACACCUGCAUGGCCAAGAACAUCGUGGCCAAGCGCCGAAGCACCACGGCCGCUGUCAUCGUCUACGUGAACGGUGGUUGGUCCACCUGGUCCGAGUGGUCUCCUUGCAACAACCGCUGCGGCCGGGGCUGGCAGAAGCGCACCCGGACGUGCACCAACCCCGCGCCGCUGAACGGCGGCUCCUUCUGCGAUGGGCAGCCUUUCCAGAAAAUCACCUGCACCACCCUCUGCCCAGUGGACGGCGCGUGGACGGAGUGGAGCAAGUGGUCGGCGUGCAGCACCGAGUGCACCCACUGGCGCAGCCGCGAGUGCGCCGCCCCGGCCCCCCGCAACGGCGGCAAGGACUGCAGCGGCAUACUGCUCGACUCCAAAAACUGCACCGACGGGCUCUGCAUGCAGAAUAAAAGAGUUCUAAGCGAACCCAAAAGCCACCUGCUGGAGGCCACAGGCGACGUGGCCCUGUACGCCGGGCUGGUGGUGGCCAUUUUCGUCUUCAUCGUGAUCCUCAUGGCUGUGGGGGUGGUGGUGUACAGGAGGAGAUGCCGGGAUUUUGACACGGACAUCACAGACUCAUCAGCCGCUCUGACCGGAGGCUUCCACCCCGUCAACUUCAAGACCUCCCGGCACGACAACCCUCAGCUGCUGCACCCCUCGAUGCAGCCGGACCUGACGGCCAGCGCGGGGGUGUACCGUGGCCCCAUGUACGCCCUGCAGGACUCCUCCGACAAGAUCCCCAUGACCAACUCCCCCCUCCUUGACCCCCUCCCCAACCUCAAGAUCAAGGUGUACAACUCCUCUACCGCCUCCUCCUCGCCGGGGCUCCAUGAUGGGACCGACCUGCUCGGGGGGGUCCCGGCCACCGGCACCUACCCGGGGGACAACACCAGGGAUGGCCACUUUGCCAACCUGCGGAGCAAAGCCCUGGGCUCCCAGCAUCUCCUCAGCUUGCCCCGGGAGCACGGCAACAGCGCCAGCAGCACGUUCGGCUACCUGGGGGGAAGGCUUACCAUCCCGGGCACUGGGGUGAGCCUGCUGGUGCCCCACGGGGCCAUCCCCCAAGGGAAGUUCUACGAGAUGUACCUGGUCCUCAACAAGGCAGAGAGCGCCCUCCUGCCCUCGGAAGGCACGCAGACGGUGCUGAGCCCGGCGGUGACCUGCGGGCCCACCGGCUUGCUCCUGUGCCGCCCCGUCGUCCUGACCAUUCCCCACUGCGCAGAUGUCGGCUCCUCGGAUUGGAUUUACCAACUGAAAACACAGUCCCACCAGGGAAACUGGGAGGAAGUUGUGACCCUGGAUGAGGAGACCCUCAACACUCCCUGCUACUGCCAGCUGGAAGCUAAGUCCUGCCACAUUUUGCUAGACCAGCUUGGUACCUACGUCUUCGUUGGAGAGUCCUACUCCAGGUCAGCCAUCAAGAGGCUCCAGCUGGCGAUCUUUGCCCCCACCGUUUGCACCUCGCUGGAGUACAGCCUCAAGGUCUACUGCUUGGAGGACACACCAGACGCUCUGAAGGAGGUGCUGGAGCUGGAGCGGACGCUGGGUGGGUACCUGCUGGAGGAGCCCAAGCCCCUGCCCUUCAAGGACAGCUACCACAACCUGCGUCUCUCCAUCCACGACAUCCCCCACGCGCUGUGGAGGAGCAAGCUGCUGGCCAAGUACCAGGAGAUCCCCUUCUAUCACAUCUGGAGCGGCAGCCAGCGAGCCCUGCACUGCACCUUCACGCUGGAGAGGUACAGCCAGGCCUCCACCGAGCUCACCUGCAAGAUCUGCGUCCGGCAGGUGGAAGGGGAAGGGCAGAUCUUCCAGCUCCAUGUCACGUUGGGAGAGCAUGCCGGCUCCUUCGACACCCUCCGCUCCCACCACAGUGGUGCCACUGCCACCACCACUCAGCUGGGACCUUACGCCUUCAAAAUCCCCCUUUCCAUCCGGCAGAAGAUCUGCAACAGCCUGGAUGCCCCCAACGCCAGGGGAAACGACUGGAGACUUCUCGCCCAGAAGCUUUCCAUGGACCGGUAUCUGAACUACUUUGCCACCAAAGCCAGCCCCACCGGGGUGCUCCUGGACUUAUGGGAAGCCGAGCACCAAGACGACGGCGAUCUCAACACCCUGGCCAGUGCCUUAGAAGAGAUGGGCAAGAGCGAGAUGCUGGUGGUCAUGGCCACAGAGGGGGAUUGCUGAUGAUGCUCCCCGCGGCUGGCGGGCCGGGAGGACGAAACGGGGAGCGAGGCGGGCGGGGGGAUGGGGGGGUAUCCUUCCCCGACGGCGGGGGGAGGCACAUCCACCCCCGGGCAGCAUCCGAGCGAGGAAGGGCCGAGGCCGUCGCUUCUCCCUCCCUCCCCGCAUCACUGUCAGCCUUAGAGACCCAUCCUCAGCGUUUACAAGCAAUUCAAGUGUUACGCAGCAUUCCUCCUCCUCCUCCUCCUCCUCCUCCUCCUCCCGGCCGUCCCCGGGGCGGCAGCCUACGGCGCUCGUGGCAUGGGGAGGAAUUAGGGCUUCUUGAGUCGGGACGGGGGCUUUCCUUCUCCUCCUUCGUUUGGGUUUCCCCCCUCCUCCUCCUCCUUUAAUAGCAUUUCUGCGUUGAAGAGACGAGUACAAUCUAGGCGAACGGCUUACUUCUGUCAAAAGCUUCAGACAGCUUAAUAAGGCAAAUAAGAAAGAAAAAAGGAAAAAAAAAAGUUUCUUAGGAAACGCAAAUAAUUUAUUAUCCAGAUCUUUGGAUGAGUCCUUUUUAAAAAAAAAAAAAAAGAAAAAAAGAAAAAAAAAAGAUUUAUAAAUCUUUUUCUGUGCGCGAGAGCAAGAGCGUUGCUGUGGUCAGGGUGGCAGAGAGAGAGAUUUAAACGAACACACUUUUGUAGGGGAAAAGCGUGCGAUCCAAGUUGAGCAAAAUGUGUUUACAUGUCCUGGGACCCCCGGGGAGUCCGUAGGGUGAAGUGCCUCUGCGCCCCUCCGGUUCAGGGCCUGCUGAGACCCUCCCUGAGAUUUUUUUCCUUGCAAAUUCCUCUUUGCCCGGCAGCAGAGCCCGGCGGAGCGAGGGAUGCCCUUCCGCCUGCAGGGAGGGAUGAGGGAUGCUGCCCUGCGUUUAGGGUUCGGGUGGGGGGCGAGUACGUCCAGGUAUGGGUAUUUUUAAUGAAUUCUUCCCUGGCAUCGUUUAGGGGAGCUUUUUAGGAUGACUACGCCUUCAUUUACAGAACUCCAGCACAAACCAAAGAAUUCAGUCCUGGGGCGGGGGGUGUGAGCAGCUCAUGGAGGGAUCUGGGGAGAGCAGGGGGCUGGCGGGUCAGGAUGCGGCCGCUUGCAAACCACGUCGGUCUCGGGUCCGAGCGCUCGUGCCCAGUUUUUGAUGCAGUAUUUAAGAGAGGAUUCGGGGAGGGAGAUGCUCAGUAUCUCCAAGUCGCGAGCCAGGCUGAGCAUUUUCACGCAAGGGACGGCAUUGUAAGUGGUGAUCGGGUUUCCAUCCUCUCAUUGCAGCUCCUUUUUUGACCUGCAAUAGAGUUUUUAUAACGAUGGAGAAGUUGUGGGAUGAACGGAGAGUCAUCGAGAGGUAGGCAGGAAUGAGGUUCCUCACAAAGAUACGGUGUCUCAAUGAAGGGUAAAAAUUUAGAUUGCCUGCAGAUAGAAAUAGUUACUCAGUGAGUGCUGUAUCUUAGAAAUUUGUCUGUUUUUAAAAAAAAUAAAAAUAGGGAGGGGAUGGUAAGCUCAGGAUUAGACUAGAUCACGUGGCAGGGCCGUGGAUUCUCCAUCGGUGAAAGUAUUAAGAGCAGGGUCUGAGAGCAGGUCCUGCUCUGGGCUGCGAUGCCCGGUGUCCUGCUGGCCGCCAACCCCUGGACCAGUGUCGCGGGGUGCCCGCAGCAUCCCGGAGACCGGAGCAAACUCAGGGAGCCCUGCCGUGAGCAAGAGCAUCGCCUUCACAGGACGGCUCGGGGGGCGGGGGGAGUUUUCACUGCUGCUCGGGCAUGGGUUUGAUUCCUCUUGGCAGCUCUUGAAGCAGGGAUGGAGCGCGUAGAGCCGCUCCCUGUUGUGUUUUGGGGUCUCUGGGGUUCAUUUCUUGUUGGGUGUUCAAGGCUGCGGGACAAAGGGGACUCGUUUCGUUUGUGUUGGGCGGGAAGACUUCUGCUGGGUGAAGUCCUGUGUCGUGUAGGAAGGGUUUUAUCUAUCCUUUAGGGUGCAUUUGAGCAUCCGAUUUCUGAGGCCCCGUCUCUGAGCUGAAGGGGGCGAAUAAGCAAAUUUGGAAAGAAAUGAAGAACCGAUGGAUCAAAUUGGCUGCUGGUGUUUUACAGGGCUCCUUUCUCAGCACCGUGGUGCUCUCCAUGAGACGAGAUGCUCUUCUUUCGGGUCGCGUCUGAAUCUCUCUCGCUGUCGUUCUCGCUGUGUCUGGUUCACGGAUCACUCUGCGCCAGCGCGCGUGCCUGUCCGUCCAUCCGUCUGUCCUGCCCGCGGGUGCCUCUGCCUCCAUCCCCGUCCCUCUGCGUUCGUCUUCCCCUUCUUUUCGGUGGGCAGCAGCUGCCCGGAUCCGCCGAGGUGCAUAUUUGGGGGGGUUCUCCCCAUUUUUUCAGGCCAGGGAACCCGCGAUGGGAGCGGGACGAGGGGGGGGAGGCAGGGUUUGCCCCCCACCCUGGUCCUUUGAGAGCCUACACACAUCUCCCAUGGGUGCCUCCCUCCACGACCGGGGGUUUCUCUCCGGCCAGGCGUUUUGGCGAAGGCAAACCCAGGUCCGUGUUGUGCUGGCAGUGUCCGUCUCUUGCUCUGCAAUCUGUUUCCAUAUUUAUAUGUCCAGGGGAUGGGCCUGGUGGCAUCCUCUAAAACCGCAUCUGUUUAUUCUGUAAACUAAAGAACUGUAAAUAAAGUUUAGCAUUCCUAUUGUAACAAAUUAAUUUUUAUGCAAUAAAUUAUAUUUCCUAGUCUAAUAAAAAAAAAAAAA